CUUUCUUCGGAUCCUUCUAGCCAGCCGCGCCUCCGCUCCUGAAAACCCCUUUCAGUCCUCUAGCUCCGGUUCAACUAGCUGAAAUGUCCAGACCACGAGUCUUCUUCGACGUCGCCUCCGACGGCACCCCGAUGGGCCGGGUGGUGAUGGAGCUCCGCGACGACGUGGUGCCAAAGACCGCCGAGAACUUCCGUGCCCUGUGCACCCACGACAAGGGCUUCGGCUACAAAGGCUCCAGCUUCCACCGCAUCAUCCCCAAGUUCAUGUGCCAGGGCGGUGACUUCACCAACCACAAUGGAACCGGUGGAAAGUCCAUCUACGGCAACAAGUUCGCCGACGAGAACUUCACCCUGAAUCACACCGUCCCCGGCACCCUGUCCAUGGCCAAUGCUGGGCCCAACACCAACGGGUCCCAGUUCUUCAUCUGCACAGACAAGACCCCAUGGCUGGAUGGGAAGCAUGUGGUGUUCGGCACCGUGGUGGAGGGGCUUGAAGUGGUGAGGAAGAUGGAGUCCACUGGCAGCCAGAGCGGCAAAACCUCAGCCAAGAUCACCAUCGCCGACUGCGGUCAGCUCUGAGCGCCAGCGCUUAACCUCUGUAGCCACGCCCCCUAGGCUCUGCCCCUUCUGCCAUUCAACAUUCCUUAUAGAUGGCGUUUCAACCCCCCCCCCCCCACACCUACCUUUUUAUUCCCUUAUUGAAAUAAUGUUGCUGCAUUUUGUGACUUUUUUCUUUCAGAAGUUUCUUUUGCAUGAGUGGGUUUGUUUCACAAUGUCCCAACAGUGUUUUAUUUUUUAAGUCCAAAAAAAAGAAUAACAAGAUAAAAUAAAACAGAAAAGUUGCCUUGACAAUUGAAA